UCUGUAAUCAAGUCUGAGUUCGAUUCGAAAGGAAUGAAGUGAGGCUCAUUUUACAGAGCUUCUCUUAGAUAGAAUGCCUACAAAACAGGUCAUCCAGUUUCCUUACUUCUAAGGGAGGCCUAUAGACCUAUCUACAAGUCUUGUUUUUUCCAUUAUUUCGUGCACCAAAUGGCUAGUAUAUAUCUACCGCCAAUUGCGAGAAAGAAAAAAGUCGAAGGCUGGCCAAGAGAUGACACUACAAGGGUAUGUAUGUCCAGCAUGCUGUAUGUAUCUGUGUAUGUCUAGCAAGCUGUGAUCGUUAUGAGGAUACAAAAUAAUUUAAAAUACUUAAAUGUCCCCAAAAUAAAUUAGGCGUUCUUAUAAAAAAAAAGAGUGUAACCUGAAAAUCAUCGAUAAUCCCAAACAAUAUUUAACCUCUUGAACAAACAAUUCGAAAGAACCUGCUACCAUUCAUAAUUUAACAAAAACUUAAAAUAAUUAAACAAAUUAAUUUAACAAAACUUAAAAAAAUGACGAAGGAAUAUUGGCCUUGAUAUGGGCACUGGUGAGGCAAUAACGGACUAAAGAAGCGCGUCUAAAUCUGAGAUGACAUCUGCAAACGACGAUCUCACAAAUGAUUCCAGAGGAGAAACAAACAGGGUUGGACAAGUCCGGCCACUAUGGCGUGACUUUCUGUCACGCACUACCUUGCAUGGAACUCAGUACGCAUGCGUAACCAAGCCUCUAAUUCGCCGAGUCACGUGGCUUCUACUUCUGCUAGGAAUGGUGGGAUACUUUGGGUAUCUCUUUUACGGUAAUUUGAAAAGGUAUCACUCGCAUCCGGUUGAAGUUACUGUUGAAAUAGAGACUCCAAAUGACGGCAUUGGGUUUCCUGCCGUUUCCGUCUGUACUAACAACAAAUACAUGAAAUCUAAGAUAAAUAUGUUGCGCAAUCAUUCAUAUUUCCACAAACUUGGGCUUGAUAUCCCGGAAUGCGCCGCCUUACAAAAUGUCAGCGGUAAUAUGACAUGUGGACAGGCGUUGAUGUGCGCCAUUGUGGGCAAAUAUGGUUACAUUAUUAACGAGAGGUGCAAGUGGGCUUUGGAGAAAAUAAGGAAAAUUAUCAAUGACUCAGACUAUGCUUUUGACAUCGAAAAAUUUACCCUCAAGUAUGGUCAUGACAUAAAAGCCCUCUUGACACCUCGCUUCUGCACAUUUCGUGGAAAACCCUGCAACGAGGAAGACUUUGUUCCCGUCAUAACAUCUACAUCACUGUGCUGGACUUUCAACUCUGGAUUCCGAGGUUCCCAUGGAAACCCAGCGCCAAGAAAGCAAGUGACUUUUUCGGGCGUAGAUUUUGGAUUGACAGUGUUGCUGAAUACCCGAGUGGACGAGAAUACCAUCGGUACAAGUUCGGAGGGCGUUCGGGCCGUCGUGCACGAGCCUGGCGAGUACUUCAGUGUUGAUCAUGGAGUGAACGUAAUGCCUGGAGCACAUGCAGCUAUCCUGGUGCACGCUCAAAAGACUACCACACUACCUCUUCCAUACAAGUCUAACUGUACAGAGAGUAAACCAGGCCUGCGGUUGUACUCAAUGGAGGGGUGCGUAGCCCUUUGCGCGUCACAAGAAUUGACGAGGAGAUGUGGCUGUCGCCCAGUGGGAUUACCAUACGUCGAUGCUGCUUCUGUAUGUUCAUUCAAACACGAGACAUGUGCAAUGGAUACUUUCGGUUCGUUUGACGCACAGAGGUGCAUGUGUAACAACGCCUGCCAUAGAACUAUGUACAACGCCAAGGUGUCCUAUGCCCGGUUUCCGGACCAGUACAUCAUCAGGUUUAUUCAGGAGACCACGUCAUAUAACUACAGCGCCGAGUAUUUCAGGCGUAAUUUGGUGCUCGUACAAGUUGGUAUGGAGUCGCUUUCGUACGAACAUCAUCGUCAAGUUCCUGCCUUUCCAGUGGAGUCUUUACUUGGUGCUGUCGGCGGCCAUCUCGGCCUGUUACUCGGUUGCAGUGUCCUCACUGUAUUUGAGUUUAUUGACUUUUUCAUUGUCGCAUUGGCGAGCAUGCUUCGCACUAACGUAACGCCAAAUAUGGAUAGGGAAACAAAGAAUUUGUAAGCUCCAACUCGGGUUCCCUGUGUUUGGCUGCCAAAUAUGGAUAGGGAAACAAAUCAUUGUUAUUCCAUACUACCGGCUCAAAGAACAGUAUCUUGCGUGUGGCAUUUAUCCCAGACAACACGGGAACAAAUGACGGCAGCCGUGGCACACAUCCAUACACCACAGAAGUAAAAAACUUUAUUUCCAACUAUCAGGGGCGGCGGAGUGGUCCCAUAAGUUGGGGGCUAAAGUUCAUAUAUAUCGAAAGAAACAUCCGCUCAGAAAAGUGGGGGCUGCCCCCCCCCCCCUGCCCCUCCCCUUCCUCCGCCUCUGAACUAUGUUGAAGAGAAUGGCAUCACGCUACUAGGACGCAUACCUGGCCUGGAGACGACCUGGAGACGAAAAAGAGCGUCUUGAGAGAAUACAACAAGGUCAGCCAAUCAGCAGGGAAGAGAAAGGUGUGCUACACGAAAUUCCUGGAGUUUUGGGACCAGUUACACCCGGACGUCGUUGUAGCAAAACCCAGAAAUGAUCUGUGCGUAACAUGCCAGUCAAACACUCUAACGCUUCAGAAAGCUGCGCAUAUGGGCGAUUCAGAAAAAUCCGAAUGCGUGAAAAUGCAUCAAGAGCACCUCGAUUGCGCGAAGAAUUAUUAUUAUUUUGAUAUUUGGAGCGAUUUGUGAAGGCUGGGUACACCAUCAAUCUUCUGGAAUGUUGCUGCUGCCCUCUUGCAUGUGCUGUCAGCUGAACUAUCCUCUGGACGUUCAGUUUCAAUAGAUAGAUAGAUAGGGGUUUUAUUCAAUUGCCAUGGCAGUAUUACAGACUGAAUUAAGGCAAAGGGCCAGCACAUAUAGCGUUAUACUAUUACAGAAAUCGAUAAGUAAUAAAGUCACCAAAGCGUUUAGUUACAGAAAUAUGUUUGUAGGUAUUCAUACUGCCGGAUCUUAGUGAGUAUCCAUGCACAUUAUUAAUUACGCCUCCAGUAAUUACAGAUCGAAGGGGUUCUAGCUCCUUAGCGGAGGUCAUGAGACUGAUACAAAGCUCGCGCCUGCGGUCAGCAAGACUUUGGAGCCCGCUGGUUUCCAAGGCCUCCUUGUAUCGUAGAUGGGGUAAAACGAUACGGAGGGCCCUUUUUUGGAUGCCCUCAACAAUGUCGACAAGAAACCCUGUUAUGUUAGCCCAUACUGGACCUGCGUACUCCACAACAGAUCUAAUGAGUACACAAUAGAUGGCAAUAAGAUCCUGGACCGGUACUCCAGAUUUCUUAAGGAGCCGGAGAGCGUAGAGCCUUUUGUUUGCCUUCUUAACUACAUAGUCUACGUGCUUAUUCCACGAUAGAUCUGAGCUAAUGUGGACGCCGAGGAUUUUGUAGCUUUCAACCCUUUUAAUCACGGAGCCCAUGAGUUGCAGGGCAUUAACUGGCGAGGGCUGGUACUGCAGGAAAUUAAUGACUAAUUCCAUUCAAUUCAAUUCAACUCGCUUUCAUCUUCUAAUAUUCUGUCUACACUUUUGUACAUGUCUUCAAGUUUUCUUCAAUGUUUAUCAACUGCUCGCGAUGUGGGUUAACUCGCUAAUCCAUGGAUUAGCGCAAGCUGGCAAAAAACAUGGCGGAUUUGUUGUUUUGCCGGGCCGGGGAAGCUUACCCGCAAGCUCGCCGCAUUCGUUUGUUUAACGGAAGCCUUGAUGACUUCCUCAACGACUAAGAGGUCAAAUCGAGGUUCCUCUUUCGGAAAGACACAAUUGAGUAUAUUACAGAGUUUUUGAGGGAGUAAUUAAGCCGGGAUACGUGAUAGAUACGCGAUGAAACCACGCACUUUCUCCUAUAGUCCAAGUUCUAGUCGCACUACGCUUUUACGCUUCGGGGACAGUUUCUUGCAAAUCAUCGGCUACAUUCGGCCUCUCAAAGUCUACCGUUUUCCGAUGCGUCACAGAUUUGACAAGCGCGCUUGUUAGCAAAGCUGACCGCUUCAUGGCCCUUCAUCAAAUGGCCUUCGCCAGAGAGGCAAAGGGAGAUAAAACAGGCCUUUUACGACAAGCAUGGCUUCCCUGGAGUUAUCGGCUGUAUUGACGCGACUGUAUGUAAAGCUCCAGGCCCCGACAGUUUUACAGUUGUAGCGUGUGAGACUGGUAACAAUUAUAUUUUAUUUGGAGAAGGGGGAGGGGAGGAUUGCCGGCACGGAAGAAAUUAUUUCUCAAGGAAAACACAAGACUGAAAAAUAAAUUAACUAAAUAAGCAAAUAAAUAAAAAGAAAUAAAUAUAAAAUAUAUUAAGGUUCU